AUGGCGGACAGCCACUCCACCUCUGCUGCUCCGGCAGCGUUGUCGCCGUGCAGCGUGUAUCGGCUGAAGCACAACCCGUCGUGGACAAAGUUCGGCAUGCAUCCAGCAAUGCUAGCGGACAUCAAUGCUCGGUCGGAUCGACCAACAUCGCGCCGUGCAUCGUCACGCGGUUCUUCCGCGGCCAGCUCUGCGGUGCCCUCCGCAAACGCAUCACGUCUGUCUACUGCAUCGGCACGACAGCCUGCGUCAAGUAGCAGCUUGGCUGCAGUUGGAGCCCAAGCAGCUUUGCGACACGAACAUAAGCAAGCGCAUGCAGCUUCGCGGUCAAUGAACCUGCGGGCAACUGCCUUCAGUGCUUGUGGUACUCGCGGAGCUUCUCAAUCAUUGGUUUCCGACAGCGUAUUGUUGGCCCCGCGUGCCCGUGGCGGCAGUGACGUGAAGGCAUGCGCUCCAGAAAGCGCUUCACUGGGUCAGCCAGCAGCAACGCGUGGAGAAUCACUUACAGCGUCGACACCGGUGCCGACGCCCUUUAGGGACAGGGGCGGCUCUUGCGAUCACGGCAGCGAGACGCCUCGAACUCCUAACGACGCACGUAGCUCUGACUUUACAGAUUCGUCAUGGAGAGCGGAGACGACUCGCGAUCCUUCGCUUCAGCCCUCAGUCCUGUCUCUGCGGGCAGCCUCGUCGUCUCGCGCGAAGGACUCACACCUCAUGGGCUCUGCAGCCCUUGUCGAGGUAGCUGGUCCGCUGGAUGCCUUGUACGUUCCACUACGUCGACCCGCCCCACGAGGCUGCGUGGCGACGCACCAGCACUUUUCGAUUUUCGAACGUACGCAUUGCCAGCGAGUGCCUGGGAGGUCAGCGACGGAGGCUAGAGCAGCGGUAGCUGCUCAUAGGGAGGCACACAUUGGUCACCGCGGCGUUGUCGGUGGGUCGCCUGAGACAGAUACCUACAGGACCACCAACAGUGCCUAUGGCCGUGGGUGCUGA